AGAUCGAUUACAAUGGCCGACUCCAGCGACUCCCAGCCCAUUGCCCGCUCGACCAAGCUUGUCAGCGAGGCCCUGCUCAACGAGAAGUGGGAUCGUGCCAUCUCCUCCAUGAUCAUUCGCUCCUCCCUUGGUCUGUCCUUCGGUGUUGUCUUUUCAGUGCUCUUGUUCAAGCGGAGAGCUUGGCCCGCUUGGGUUGGUCUGGGUUUCGGUGCCGGACGCGCCUGGGAAGAGGCCGACGCUUCCUUCCGCCGGGGUGACUCCCCCGUGAGAGACGCUCUGCGUCGGUAAAAGCACUUGGGUAUGCAGUCUGUGAAUGUAUGAUACCUGUAUAGCUGGACUGGGGACAGCGCAUGGCGACGGCAUGGUUCUUGAUAUACAGUUUAGGAGAAAUUCUAGACCUUGCUUUCUUCCGCAGAUUAAAGUGAUUCGCUUCUAUUCCAUUCACACUACGAAAUAUUCGAGUUGAC